AUGCAGCUGCUAACCAACACGAGAGGGGAGAUGAUCAGGUACGGCCAGAAAGCUGUCGAAAACCUGCGCCGAAAUAAGGAUAACAAGGCGAAUCUGUUUGCUACGAUCCUGGCUGAAAGCGAAACCAACGAAAAGUCUAAGCUUACUGACGACGUUAUCCGGGUAGAAGCCUCUAACAUGCUCAUUGCUGGGUCAGAUACGCUCUCGAACUCACUGACAUACGUCGUCUGGGCGAUUCUGAAGAGACCCGAGCUCCAACGGCGGCUCGAGGAUGAAGUUGCAGCUUUGGACGAUCAUUUCGACGACGUUGUUCUGGAAAAGCUUCCAUUACUGAAUGCUGUCAUCUACGAAUCGAUGCGUCUCUACGGCGCUGCAUCGGGCAGUUUCCCUAGAGAGACACCGCCGUGCGGAGCUACCAUUGGAGGUUACUUCAUCCCUGGAGGUACGGAAGUAGCACUGCAGGCGUACACUAUCCAUCGCCUUUCCGAAGUGUUCUCAGACCCCUUGAAGUAA